AGGGCCAGGGAAAGAGAACCGUUGGUUGCCGGUUUCUUGAGCUUUCCUCAUGGCUUCGUCCCUGGCCUCAUCUGUCUUCCUCUGCCCCCUCGCUAUCCCCAAAUUCCCCUCUCCAUCUCCAAACCCUAACGCUAACCCUAACCCUAGAAGAAGGAGAAAGACGAGUGGUUCCCAAUCUCAUUUCUCUCCGAUUUCCGCCUGCUCCGCGUCUUCCUUCCGGAACGGGAGCCCGCCGGAGACGGAGUGCCCCGUGCCGCUGGAGCAGCAGCCGGUGAACGAGUAUCAGGCCCUCUCUACCUCCUUCCCGUUCUCCUGGGCCGCCGCCGACCUCCGGGACUACUGCUCCCGCCUCGCCCUCACCGGCGUCUCCUUCGCCCUCUUUGUCGGCCUCCCCGUGGCCGCCUUCGGCACGCGAGCCGUCGCCGACCCUGAGGUCGACGGCCUCCUCUCCGCCCUUGGCACCGUGUUCACUGGCCUCCUCGCCGUCACGCUUGCCGUGGUCCGGAUGUACCUCGGCUGGGCCUAUGUCGGCAACCGAUUGCUCAGUGCCACGGUCGAAUAUGAGGAGACGGGGUGGUACGAUGGUCAGAUUUGGGUGAAGACUCCAGAAGUUUUAGCUCGUGAUCGUCUUUUGGGUUCAUUUUCUGUGAAGCCUGUGCUAAGCAGAGUCAAGCUUACGUUAUUAGGUCUGGCAGUGUCCUUAGUGGUCUGUGUUCUUCUUUUCAUCAACAUUGAGAACUCAAGAAAUCCAUCAGAAGAUGUUGGGGAACGAGCUGUAGCUGGAGUAUACAAUGAUGCUUCUGCAAGGUCAUUUGAGCCUGAUGCAUUCUGUGGUGAACCGGAUUUGUCCUAAACCUUAGGGAAGAGCCUUGGAUAUGUCUAUUGUUCUCCACAUAAAUAUAUACACAACAAGAAGUCCGAUAUCACAUUUCCAGUUAUGCACAGUUAGCAAUCACUGCCUUUCUUGCUUCCAUGUGGGACCAUCUGAUCUCUGUAAAUAAGUGCAUAAUUCCUAUAUUGUGAAGUCAUUAGCAGUUAUAGGUUAUUUCUGAUUUAUGGGUCACAAAGAUGCAUGUACUUACAUACCAUUGUAUAGGAAGCAAAUUUUACUGAUGUGAUUCUAGAAACUGUAUAGAAUAUUAACAUCAUAGCAUUUAUAAUUAUAUGACCUGACAUUUAUGGCUUGUUAUUUUUUU